AGAAGCGUCAUGAUGGAGUCCGCUGGUGGCUAAAGUGACAAAGCUUCUUCAGGGUGACUGAAUAAAGUUUGAGGCGUUCAUGUUUCUUCAGAGAGAAUCUUACCGGAGGAUUGUAGCCGGUUAAUGACAGCUAGAUAGCUAGCGUUAACUGUGAUCUGCAGCGGAGACUGUCGCUUUCCAGGUCACCAUGGCGACGGACAUCGGCUCGCCGCAGCGGUUCUUCCACAUGCCGCGCUUCCAGCACCAGGCGCCGCGGCAGGUGUUCUACAAGCGUCCGGACUUCGCCCAGCAGCAGGCCAUGCAGCAGCUGACCUUCGACGGCAAGCGCAUGAGGAAAGCCGUCAACCGCAAAACCAUCGACUACAACCCGUCAGUUAUCCGACACCUGGAGAACCGUUUGUGGCAGCGAGACCAUCGAGACUUCAGAGCCAUCCAGCCUGACGCCGGCUGCUACAACGACCUGGUUCCUCCUAUCGGGAUGUUAAACAACCCGAUGAACGCCGUCACCACAAAGUUUGUCCGAACCUCCACCAACAAAGUCAAGUGUCCCGUGUUCGUGAUCAGGUGGACUCCUGAGGGACGCCGUCUGGUCACCGGGGCGUCCAGCGGAGAGUUCACGCUGUGGAACGGACUCACCUUCAACUUUGAGACCAUUUUACAGGCCCACGACAGUCCCGUGCGUGCGAUGACGUGGUCUCAUAACGACAUGUGGAUGCUGACGGCGGACCACGGCGGCUACGUGAAGUACUGGCAGUCCAACAUGAACAACGUAAAGAUGUUCCAGGCUCACAAGGAGGCGAUUAGAGAAGCCAGUUUCUCUCCGACAGAUAAUAAGUUCGCCACAUGUUCAGACGACGGCACCGUGAGGAUCUGGGACUUCCUGCGCUGCCACGAGGAGCGCAUCCUUCGAGGUCACGGAGCGGAUGUGAAGUGUGUGGACUGGCACCCGACCAAAGGCCUGGUGGUGUCGGGCAGCAAGGACAGCCAGCAGCCCAUCAAGUUCUGGGACCCCAAGACUGGUCAGAGCCUGGCCACGCUCCACGCCCACAAGAACACGGUGAUGGAGGUGAAGUGGAACCUGAACGGGAACUGGCUGCUGACGGCGUCCCGGGACCACCUGUGCAAACUGUUCGACAUCAGGAACCUGAAGGAGGAGCUGCAGGUGUUCAGAGGGCACAAGAAGGAGGCCACAGCUGUGGCCUGGCAUCCCGUCCAUGAAGGUCUGUUUGCCAGUGGAGGCUCUGACGGCUCUCUGCUCUUCUGGCACACCGGGGUGGAGAAGGAGGUGGGGGGGAUGGAGAUGGCUCAUGAGGGGAUGAUCUGGAGUCUGGCCUGGCACCCGCUGGGUCACAUCCUCUGCUCUGGCUCCAACGACCACACCAGUAAGUUCUGGACAAGGAAUCGACCGGGUGACAAGAUGAGAGACCGUUACAACCUGAACCUGCUGCCGGGGAUGUCAGAGGACGGCAUGGAGUACGAUGACGUGGACCUGAACAGCGUGGCGUCCAUCCCCGGCAUGGGGAUCCCCGAGCAGCUGAAGGCCGCCAUGGAGCAGGAGCAGAGCAGUAAAGAGGCCGCUCCUGAUGUGGAAAUGUCGAUCCCUGGUCUGGACUGGGGCAUGGACGAGGUCAUGGGUAAAGACGCCAAGAAGGUCCCGCAGAAGAAAGUUCCGUACGCCAAACCAAUCCCGGCACAGUUCCAACAGGCCUGGGCGGAGAAUAAAGUACCCAUGAUGCCGCCCGGUGGAGAUUUGUCCAAAGACCGGAAGGUUGAGCAGAAAGUGGACGGGAAGAAGAAAACUCAGGCGGAGAUUGAGCAGGAGAUGGCAGCUCUGCAGUACACCAACCCCAUGCUGCUGGAGCAAAUGAAGAUGGACCGGAUGAACCAGAUGAACACAGACGGCAACAUGGGGCCCCCACAGGGGCAGGGCCCUAUGCCUCCCUUCCCUGGCUCUGGAGGCCCCGGAGGUCCUGGGGGCCCAGUGCCUCCGGGCCAGCAGGGCUUUCCCCCAAACAUGCCUCCUCAGCCGAUGCCUAACAACAUGGGGCCUCCAAUGGGGCCCGGAGGCAUGCAGCCUCCUUUCAUGCCCCCUGGACAGAUGGGGCCACCAUCGGGACCCCAACCCCACCAGGGCCCUCCUCAGGGCAUGAUGGGACCACCAGACAUGUCAGGACCCCAAGGUAUGCAGAGACACCCCGGCCCGCCCAGAAAUAUGGGCCCCCAAGGGCCGCACGGCAUGGGACCCAGAGGAAUGCAGGGGCCCCAUGGUGGGAUGAUGGGCCCCCCUCCUCGAGGGAUGGGUCCAAGGGAUCCACAGGGGCCUCCACCUCAGGGGGGCAUGAUGCCACCUCAGGGGAACAUGAUGGGCCCACAGGGUGGGAUGAUGGGGCCCCCACCCAGGACACACGGCAAUGUGCCAAACAACUAUGGGAUGGGCAACAUGCAGGGGCCCCCGGGAGGGAUGCACGGGCCUCCAGGAAAUAUGCAGGGGCCCCCAGGUAACAUGCAAGGACCCCAUGGAAACAUGCAGGGCCCCCAUGGAAACAUGCAGGGGCCCCCAGGCAACAUGCAAGGACCACAUGGAAACAUGCAGGGGCCCCCAGGCAACAUGCAAGGACCACAUGGAAACAUACAAGGGCCUCCAGGUAACAUGCCAGGAGCCCAUGGAAACAUGCAGGGGCCCCCUUACAUGCAGCACCAGGGUCAGAACUCGGGGCCCAUGAUGCACGGGAUGGGGCAGCAGGGGCCCAACAGCAAAGACCCUCGGGGGCCGCCGCCCAGCCACCACAUGGGCCCUCCUGACAGGCAGGGUCCCGGAGGAUCAGACCAGGGCUCAGGUCCUUACUGGGGGGACAACCAGCAGGGUCGCCGUGGACCGCAGGACUUUGAUGGUAGCCAGGACUUUCAUGGCAGAGCAGAGGAGGGCUGGAGACCAGGACCUGGACCUGGAUACCAGGGGGGAGGGGGACACAGGGGGGGAGGUCAUCGAGGAGGAGCAGCAGGAGGAGGAGGGGGCAACGGAGGAAACUGGGGCCCCGAUGAUCGGUUCACUGGAGGAGAGUUCAGAGGACGGAGAGAUGACAGGUUCAGAGGAGGAGGCCCCGGCCGGCCCGGAGCUCGAGGUUAUGCUGACGAGUACGGAGGCCAGGAGGAGGGCUUCGAUGGCCAGGAGGAGAUGGGUCGAGGCUGGGACAAUGGCGGCAGAGGGAGGCCGCCUCGAGGAGGAGGUCCGCCCCGAGGAGGUCACGAUGGUUACCGGGACAGCCAGCAGAUGCACGACGGCUCGUCCCCGGUCGGACGCGAGCGCUCAUCUUCGCUGCAGGGGAUGGACAUGGCGUCACUUCCUCCCCGGAAGCGUCCGUGGCAGGACGGACCAGGAACCGGAGACCCCCGGGAGCGCGAGUCCCCCGGAGCUGAUGGAGGUCGCCCCCCACCCAGAGAGGACGGCGGUUACGGGCCAUCUGGUCGAGGUGGACGUGGCGGCUGGGGUCCUGCAGGACCUGGACCAGGCCCCAGGAGAGGAGGACCAGCACCCAGAGGACCACCGAGGGGGGGUGUCCGGGGCCGGUAGUCCCGUCCCCUCUGGUCCCCCCACAGACCUGAGACCAAGUCCAGAUCCUGAGACGAACUUUUGGUCACGUGACACAUUCAGAUCUCUGCUGCUGUGAAGGACGCUGGCUUCUGAUUGGUCAGCCCCGCGUGAAUCACCUGCGCCGACAGGUGGACGGACAGGAAGCGUCUCACUGAAGCACAGAUAAUUUUAAUGUAAAAUAUUGUAGAGAAUCAUCAGCUGUCUCUUUUAUUUCAGAGUCACUUCGUCUUGUUGCUUUUUUGUAAAAGAUUUCUAUGUUUUUGUGUUUUCACUGAGGUGGACAAUAAAGAUUCACUCUUCAAA